AUGCUGCUUCCGGUUCUUCGAUCCCCUCGAGUUUUCUCUACAAUUCUGUACAUAAUCACAGGAUUCUCACUUCCAAUUCAUUUGUUCGGAGGUUAUUGUAUACUAUUCAAAACUCCGGUUAUCAUGAAAUCCGUCAAAUGGAGCCUGUUCAACUUGCACUUUUGGUCGGCAGCUCUGGAUUUAACGAUAAGCUUUUUUGCUCAACCAUUCAUAUGUACUCCGGCACUUGCUGGCUAUGCAAUGGGAUUUUUGCCAUGGUUGGGAGUUAAUAUGUACGUUCUUGUGUACAUUGGAAUUACACUUUUUAUAUUUGUACCCGUCUCUAUCAUCGGAAUGCUCGAGAAUCGUUACUUUCAAAUCUUCGCCCAACAGAGUCAAUGGCGGUACUUUCGCUAUCCAUUUCUUUUUAUCAACUACCUAUGGGCAAUUCUCUAUUGUGUUCCUGUUAUCCUAGAUAUUCCAAAUCAAGAAUAUGCACGAAUUGAAGUAUUUCACGAAUACCCUCAGAUUUUCGACUACGAGUCUGUCGAAUCGAAAAUCUUUGUGAUCACCUUGGAUUUUACUAGAACUGCACUGCAGCAGAGCAUCUUCACGGUUCUGGUUCUAGAAGAGGCUUUUGCUUUUGUAGGGCUUAUUCGGGUUAAUAUGAAUAAGGUUAUGAAGGAGGUUCAUUCGUCACUAUCGAAACACACAGUUCACAUGCAUAAAGCUUUUAUUAAAGCUUUAAACUUACAGAUCGCAAUCCCCCUGAUAAUCCUCUUUGCUCCCACCAUCAUUGGUGUUUUAUUCAGAACAAUCAUAAGCAAUCAUCAAGGUUUCAACAAUGUAGUGUACAUCUGCUCAUCACUUCACGGAGUCUUAUCAACACUUAUCAUGAUAUAUCUACAGAAUCCAUACAGAGCUGUGGUGAAGAGAAUAUUUUGUCAAAGUAGUCAAGGAAGUCACAAUAUUGUAUCGAACACGAAGCGAAGAAAACCGGAAGGCGUUGUUACGUUUUUCUAG